AUGAACUGUCUGCACAGGCUUGCCAAACCACCCAAGUGCAGGGCUGGGCACCAAGGCACAGAUAGCUUCUGCUGCAACCCUUUUUUUUUUUUUGGUCAAUCGCUUUCAGCAAUGAGCUGUAAUGGACGGGUCAAUACCGAAUGCGCUCAGGCUGGCUAUCACUAUCGAAUCUAUUUUCGUCCCACUCCGCUGGAACUUUGUUCAGAUCGGCUAGUUCGCCAUUCCUAG